AGCUGUGUUGGUGCAAGACUAGGGAGUGGACGAUAUUCGGGCGGUCAGACCACGCAGACGAUAGGUGCCAAAGAUGGCGGAUGUCCCUCCUCCGGACCCAGUGGUCCUGAAGGGCUGGCAAGAAGCGAACGAUUCCCUUUUUUUGAACGGUUUUUUCAAGGGACGAUUCGAAGGGAUUUCCCAAAGACGCAAAUUCGGACGGGGAUGGAUGGUUUUUCUGCUUAUGUGAUCACCUUCCAAGAUCGGUGUUUGGUUUGGAGGUUGGAAGUGAAGUAACUUGCCUCAUUGACCUGUUUCGUGUGAGUUUGCGAACAAUUCCAAGUUUUCCUGCAUGUUUCUUGGGUUUGUACACCAAUUGUGAGGGCAAACUUUGCAUCUUGAGUAAAUUUUGCCUUUCACAAGAAGGUGCCACCUUUUCACUUGAGUCUCGAAGCCCCUGCAAAGCGGAUCACUCUGCUUCUCGUUCUUGCAGUGUUGCAAAGCUUGGGAGAUUGUGAUUGUGCAUUCAAAAUGCUGUCCAUGAGCACCCUCGGAUGAGUGAAAGAUCCAUUCUAUCUGUUAUUUUGCGGGUUUUGACGGAUUUGAAUCAUGAAGAGAUGCAUUCCGAAUUCCUCCUUUUGUGUUGAGUCACAGCAGUCAUAAUUCUUUCUGUUGACAUCCUGUGGAGGUUCUAUCCAAUUUUGGCUUCUCACCCUCCUCCGACGGCUGAUCUCCUGGCAGGAAGGUACCAGCGUCAUGCAGGCAGUCCCAUGGGCGAGAUCGUUUGGAAUCAAGAGCAUUCGGGUGGAAUGGAUCUUUUCCUAAUGGUGAAACCAAGUGAGAGAAAGAGAUCUUAGGACGGCCUGGUAAGCUGGGAUCUAUAUACAGGAUCAAUCAUUGUGAUGGCAAGGUUUAGUGAGUGAACAACUCUUGCGAUGGCUUUUAGGUUGGUUGGCUGAUGAAUAGAAGGGAUGCCCCAAGUGUAGAACCAGUAGCUACAUGGUACCUGGCAAAGGAAAGCCCCUCUACUCGCUACCAGACGUUGCCGCAGCGGUUUCCGCAUGCCCAUGUGACCAGCGAACGCCACCUCAGGGCCAGGCGAACCUGACAGCAGCAAGAGAGGCUCGCAAGCGUGCGGAGCUGGAUGCCCAGCUGUUAGCCAACCGAAUCGCUUUGCUGAAACAAGAGGAGGAGAAGGCCUGGAAGAAGAUUGAAGAGACCAAGAAGCGCGCGGCGGAGAUCGUCAAGCUUCGAGAACAGAACGAGCAGAAGUUCUCGGCCAAGGAGCAGUUUUACAAGCAAAAGUGGGAGUCCAUUCGGAACGCCCAGGCGCAGAAUGCGCAGCAGAGGGAGAAGGCCAAAGCGAUCCGCGAACAAACGCGGCAUGGGCUCAUGGAGCAGAAGCUUUUAAAUGCUCAGACCACGAAGCAGCAGUCCCAGCACAUGCUGUUGCAGAAGAAGGAGCGUGAGGCGGCCGAGCGUCAGGCGAAUCUGGAACGGUCGUCGUAUUUGAAGCAGAGGAAAGACGAGGCCAAGCGCCGGAUGGAAGAGGAGCGCAUGGCGCAGCUCGAAAAGUAUCGCGAGGACUACGAGGCCCGUGCAGCGCAAGAGGAGAUGCUGCGUGCCCGCACGGACGCUCUGGUGGCGAAGAUGGAGAAAGAGGAGAUGGAGCUCAUCCAGAGGUUGCAGAACACUCAAACAGUGCAGCGCAAUGCCUACGAGGAGUUGGAGGCUGCCUUGGGCCAAACCAGCCAGCAGAUCUCUUCUUCACGAGGCCCCAAGACCGAACCGCGCCCGGCUGCGUGACGGUGGUGCGUUCUUCGGGAAUUCAAUGGCGAUGCCGGCUGGGUUCUUCUUUUCGUGGCGAGUCGCAAAUCAGCACUUGUUCUUUCGUUUGGUUUGAUUAGCC